AUGGGAAAUCCUAGUGAUCAUCUGCUGCAUAACAGUGUGUGGGAGAGCAGUGGGACGGAGGUGGCUGAAGGGGAAAUGAAAAGAGAGGUGAUGGGGGGAGGGGACAUCGAGGAUGGUGGCUUGGCGGCAGUCGUUCCCCACACCAGAAUGCAUGCAGGAGCACAGGGCACUGAAAUGGUGCAUAGACAAACCAACCUGCCAGGAGGGGUGGGAACGAGAGCUGCAGGGGUAGCAUCCACUGGUUCAGGUGUGGCAGCAACUGUAAUGGGAGUUGCAGAAGCAGGUGCAGAAAUCACCAGUGCAGGGGUGGCAGCAGCAGGGGAAGGAUUUGCAGGGUCAACCACCAGUGCAACUGCAACCAUCCGUGGAACUGCCAGCAUCUGUGAAAAUGGCACCAUCAAUGGGUCCACCAAUGGCACCAUCAAUGGGUCCAUCAAUGGCACCAUCAAUGGGUCCAUCAAUGGCCCCAUCAAUGGGUCCAUCAAUGGCACCAUCAAUGGGCCCAUCAAUGGGUCCAUCAAUGGGUCCAUCAAUGGCACCAUCAAUGGCACCAUCAAUGGCACCAUCAAUGGCACCAUCAAUGGCACCAUCAAUGGCACCAUCAAUGGCACCAUCAAUGGCACCAUCAAUUGCACCAUCAAUUGCACCAUCAAUGGGCCCAUCAAUGGCACCAUCAAUGGGUCCAUCAAUGGCACCAUCAAUGAGUCCAUCAAUGGCACCAUUAAUGGGUCCAUCAAUGGCACCAUCAAUGGGUCCAUCAAUGGGUCCAUAAUGGGUCCAUCAAUGGCGCCAUCAAUGGCACCAUCAAUGGCACCAUCAAUGGCACCAUCAAUGGCACCAUCAAUUGCACCAUCAAUUGCACCAUCAAUGGGCCCAUGA